UUAUCGCUAGUCUUGUCCCCGGCUUCCACCAGGAAUAUACGCAGAGAGAUGCUGGUGUCUGAAUAAAUCUCGGUCACCAUGAUCAUCCAUCGCCAUUCACUUUCAAUUCACGGUGCCGGUUCGAUCAAAAACGUGCUCGGUCGCGAAACGUUGUCGGUUAACAGUAUCUGCAUAGUUUGGAAAUUUUUACGGUUAUAAUGUGGAGUGUUGUAAUCGGUUACAGUUUAAGUGUUCUAGUCUUCCUUGCUGUCUACUAUCGAUGGUCUCGACGAAAAACGAAUGCUGCGUUGGCAAACAUGAAUGGACCGCCAAAGUAUCCACUUAUAGGACAUCUCUACUUGCUGAAAUACACGUCGCAAGAGAAAAUCUUCGAAACCUUUGUGGAGCUUGGCAGUACCUAUUCGUCGCCCAUGGGUAUCGAAUUGGGACCAAUUACCCUGGUUGUAGUUUAUCAACCGGAACAUCUUCAAGCGGUCCUGAGUUCACCGCACUGCAUAAGUCGACCAUUUUGGUACGACUUUUUCCGUGUUAGCCGAGGAAUUUUCUCCUCGCCAGCGCAUAUUUGGAGAGGUCAGAGAAAAGUGCUGAAUCAUUCAUUCGGGCCGGGUAUCCUGAACAGCUUCGUAUCAAUUUUUAAUGAAAAGAGUGAAAUUCUGACUAAGUUGAUGACCUCCCAUGUAGGAAGAGGUGAACGUGAUUUUGGUCACGAAAUAGCUCGAGCUGCUCUGGACACAAUAUAUUCAACGGCUUUUGGACUGAACUUUGGUAUGCAGGAGGCUCCUGAGGGGAGCAAGUAUCUUGAAGCACAAGAGGAAUUCAUCGGAUUAGUGUUGAAACGAAUAUUUUCGGUGAUUAAUUACAGUGAAAGAAUCUAUCGACUGACAAAAGAUUACAAAAGAGAACAAGAGCUGUUAAGCUAUGCACGAACUUUAACAAAUAGAAUAAUGCAAGCAAGGAAUGCUGAACAGAUUCUGUCCGGAGCAAUCGGAUUGCCUUCAGUUGCGACGGAAAAUACCGAUGGCAAAAAGCCACAAAUCUUCCUGGAUAAACUGUUUGAGCUAGCUGUGGAGAAUAAACAGCAACUUUCGAAGGAAGAUAUUCCAGAACAUUUGGACACAAUUAUAUUCGCUGGUAAUGAUACAACCGCAACUACUAUGAGUAACCUUCUACUCAUGUUGGCAAUGCAUCCAGACGUUCAAGAACGUGUUUAUCAAGAGAUAAUGGAAGCAUGCCCGGACCUAGAACAACACGUAUCCAUGGAAGACACUGCCAAACUAACCUAUACAGAAAUGGUAUGCAAGGAAACGAUGCGCUUGUUUCCUGUGGGACCACUUAUUGGACGGAUAGCAGAAGUAGACAUCAAAAUAAGUGAUGAACACGUGAUCCCAGCGGGGUCAGAAGUGGGCUGUGGAAUUUAUAUGGUCCACAGGGAUCGGAAAAUAUGGGGCCCAAGAGCGGAGGAAUUCAAUCCGGACCAUUUCCUUCCGGAGAACAUUAGCAAGAUACACCCUUACGCUUACCUGCCAUUCAGUGGUGGAAUUCGGAACUGCAUCGGAGUACGGUACGCGUGGAUUUCUAUGAAAAUCAUGAUUGUUCAUAUAUUGCGGAGGUAUCGCUUGAAGACAUCACUCACCAUGGAUAAAAUUACGCUCCAGUAUUGUAUAUUGCUUAAAAUAGGUAAUGGUUGUCGAAUAAGUUUGGAGGAGAGAAAUAUAUAAGAAUGAUUAUGUUAAUAAAGUGGCGAAAGAAACAAUAGAAUAAUCGAAAGUUGGAAAUCUUCAACUUUUUUCGAACACA